UUGAUAUUCCUUUUGACAUAUUUUUGGAAAAAAAGUAAACUGAACGUUUUGGAAUCGUUAAUCGUAUCUUUGGUUUGGAUUUUUGACUAAAAAAUUACAAAUUUUUGUUUCGAAAUUCAUCAAAAAACUAUUUUUAAUUUAUUCAAAAACACACAAUGUCUGACGAUGAAGAUAUUUCAUACGUUAAACGCACAAAAACCAUACAUUAUGGAUCCCUAGAAGAAACCGAACGUAACCGGCAAGCUACUCUAGAAGACAUCGAAUCCGAUGAGGAUGCAUACGAAUCGUCAAAUGCUGCUGUUAUUGCUCCUGUUGAACAAAAGAAACCCCAACCUCCAGCUGCACCGCCCUCAGCUAAAAUAGACGAUGAUUACUAUGAUAUAGAAGCAGAAGUUUCCAAAGAUAAAUUGGCGCUAUUAGAAGAAUUUGAACGGAAGCGUCGAGCGCGCCAAAUUAAUGUAAGUACUGAUGACGCCGAGAUUAAGAAGAAUUUGCGGCAGCUAAAUGAGCCUAUUUGUUAUUUCGGCGAAGGACCUGCGGAGCGCCGACGUCGAUUGAAGGAGUUGCUUGCCAGUUUGGGGGAGAAUGCCAUCAAGCAAAAACAAACCGAAGAGGAGGAACGUAAGCAACUGCAAAAAGAACAAGAAACAACGUGGUACCAUGAGGGACCCGAGUCUCUGAGGAUAUCCCGAUUUUGGAUCGCAGACUACUCUCUACCGCGUGCCAAACAGCGCCUCGAGAAGGCCAGGAGUAUACUUGAGCUCCCGAGUGCAACGAGGGCUGGUCGAAUGGUAGAACUGCAAAAGCGACUGCAGUCCCUGGCCCCGCUUUGCAGUCAAGUUGGUGACACUCGCCCAGUGAGUGAUUGUGCAUUUAGUGAAGAUUCGACCAUGAUGUUGACUUCCAGUUGGUCAGGUUUAUGCAAGGUCUGGAACGUUCCAGACUGUGAUCUGAGGCAGACCCUUCGUGGACAUGCCAGUUAUGUGGGAGGAGUGGCCUUCCGUCCAAAAGUCAGUGUGGACGAUUCUAAUGUGGUUUCUAUGGCUUCGUGUGGUCAUGAUGGUGCUGUCAAGCUCUGGUGCUUUGGCAGUGAGGAGUCCAUCGCCGACAUCACUGGACAUAUGCCUCACAGAGUCUCAAAAUUGUCAUUCCAUCCUUCGGGACGGUUCCUCGCAACAGCAUGCUACGACUCCUCGUGGCGGCUGUGGGACUUGGAACAAAGAACCGAAGUUCUUCAUCAGGAAGGACACGCUAAAGCCGUGCACUGCCUGGCAUUUCAAACUGAUGGCAGUGUGAUUGUGACCGGCGGCCUGGAUGCCUUCGGUCGUGUUUGGGAUUUGCGAACUGGUCGCUGCAUCAUGUUCCUCGAAGGCCAUCUGGGAUCGAUAUUUGGUGUGGACUUCUCAUCGAAUGGCUAUCAUAUUGCCACCGGAAGUCAAGACAACUCAUGCAAAAUCUGGGAUCUACGAAGAAGACAGCCCUUAUAUACGAUUCCCGCCCAUACCAACCUUAUAUCGGAUGUAAAAUACGAACCAGAUGGCGGGAACUUCUUGGUCACAAGCAGCUAUGAUUGUACUACAAAGAUUUGGUCAAAUAAAACAUGGCAACCAUUAAAGACACUUUUAGGACACGACGGGAAGGUAGUAAGUGUGGAUAUUGCAAACAACUCUCAAUACAUUGCGACCACAUCGUUCGAUAGGACUUUUAAGCUGUGGACUCCAGAAGGCUGACAGUGGAAGAAGAUGUUUUUUAAUUUUUUGUACUACAAUUUGUAUUUGUUAAAAAAGGAAUCAUUGUUUUCAAUUUAAAGAAUAAAAUACUGUUAAACGUUGAACGCUAUGCCAAGUAAAGACCUCUAAUUAGACAAAAUAAAGAUAUGAAAUGUACCUUUUUAA